UAACAGUCAUUAUACUGUUUGGUUCCUAGACAUGAGUAGGUAUCACCACAAGGGGGCGCCUAUUCCCUUUUUCUUUUGUUGUACUAUUGUACAGAGUAAGAACUCGUCUUCCAUGUGGUGUAGAGGAGAUCAUCAGUGAUGAUGAGGUGUAGAGCGGUGAAUUAUCGUUUCUUUUCUCAUGUAUGAGACUGUAAUGUUAGUACCGUGGAGACCUGGCUUUACAUGGACGAAGUGAAAAUAAAGUGACAGUGUGGAAAACUUCAACAGUGCGUCCUGCUGUUUUGGGUUAGACUGUUUUGGGCUAACCACCAUUGCUAAUUCCUUCUCCAACCUCUCACCGCACCGUCACAAUUGGCGCCCGAACAUAUUUUGGACCUUUCCCUCCUGGAUACCGAUUCAGCUUUGGACUAGAGGUGAUUGUUUACAAGUUCCUUGUGGAUGUCUGUUUCACGGGGUGGAUACAGUUUCUGAGCGGAGUACGUCGCGAUCAGUGUUAAAGUUUGCUGGAGGCAUUCAUUGCCCGCAUAUCGCUGGACGUCGUGAUGAGCUGUCCCCGUUGGAUUUAUUUCCUGAAAGCUGUGCGUCUGCUAGUCUGCUGAAGAGGAGGAUAUGUUUAAAUGACAAGACCACCGCAUAUUAACUAAAUUAACUCACGAUUGCUGAAGGACUGGGUGAGUUUUGUGGAUUAUUUUUCAGUGGAGCUCAGUCAUACGGACUAUUUUAUGGAUUUUGACUUGUUGACCUGCGGAAGCAUACGGACAGACUGUGCUGCACAAAUAACGCAGCAGUGGCAGCGGAGAGCAAGACACCCCCGUGAGCUCGUUUGUUUCUCUGUUUAAGAAGAUAUCAUAUUUUAUAUUUGGACAUUUUCUCGCCUACGAGCCCUGCUGUCAGUGCUGACAAAGAAUAAAAGCAAAACGAACUGAACAUUAAAGAACACAAACGAUUUUGUUCACGGUCCUGAGUGUUUUGGUGUGCAUAUUGCAUUUUUUUUUUGGACUCCACCAUAAAGGUUAAAGAAACAAAAAUGGCAUUUGAACCAGAUUUUUCUGUUUUUGACUCUGACAUGGAUAUUGACUCUCUUCAAUUUAUACCGCCGCAUCAGAGAGCUACAGACCUCUGUCAGCAGGUACAAGAAUUAAAAGAUGAUGUCAAGCAGCUGAGGGAUGUCCUCCAUAACACAUUGUCCCUGCAGCAGAAAAUGCUGAAUCACCUAGAUAAGGUUAAUUCCUGUGAGUCUAGUGGACCUCCUGCACAACAGUCUCUUGCAGCUCCUGUUGCCACCUCAACGCCAUAUGCGCCUCCUGUGAAUAUCAGUGCGAGGCAUUCCAAUGACACAUGUCCUUAUCCUGAAACUCAGAGGGACCUGCAUAGCUCUUUCCUACAGACUCAUUCAGCUGAGCUAACCAACACCUCAAGAGUGAUUGCUGCUGCACUACAUCACUCCAAGCUGGAACCACCAGUAUUCGCUGGGGAUGGUGAAGUGCAGGCAGAGGACUGGCUACAGGCUGUGUCAGCAUACAAGUCCACUCUGAAUUUAACUGAUGUCCAGAUUCUGAAUGAGUUGCCCCAUUUUCUCACGAAAGAGCCUAGUAAGUGGUUUAAAGCCCUUCGUUCACACAUUAGCUCAUGGGUGCACUUCUGCCAACUUUUCCGAACAGUCUUUCUGCCCACUGACAACCAAGAAAGUAUUCUCAGAGGCAUACUUGACCGUGUCCAGUCAGUUGAUGAACCAUUACUGACAUUUGUAGCUCAUAUGUUGAGUGAGUUUAAUAAGCUAAGUAGCCCACCACCUGAAAAAGAGUGUAUCCAAUUAAUAUGUAAACAUUCGCUUGAAAAAUACAGGGUGGCGCUGUAUGGCUCACCUGUGUCUUCUGUGAUGGAGUUGCUGCUCAGGGCUCAUGAACUGCAUGCUGUACUGGGACCUGAUAGCCACCAGAACCUUCAAAAAAGACAUUGGAAGCAGCAGAGAGCUGAGCCACGCUGUUAUAAGUGCUCAAGCCCUGGAUAUACAUCGAAAACGUGUCCUGCCUGUAAUCAGGGCCAUAGUCAGCAACACAUGUCGGCUCGGUUCCAUAAUGAGAUCAGUCCCACUACGUCCUUUGACACGCCUGGAGCUGAAACAGACAAUGGAAACUCCAGCCCACCUGUAGACGAAGCACCCCAAAGGCCAUUGGGAAACUUCAAAGGGGGGAGGAUAUUUCGUCGAGGCAAUCCUCCCUCCAGACGUUAACUGAGCCUCACCUUUCUGCAAAUAAAUUCCACAUCCUUGGUCAUGUGGAGGACAAUGAGUCUACUGCUACCUGGAACACUCCCUUUAAAACUAAGCUGAACUUUAAUGGAACCUGCACCGAGGCGACUCUGGACACAGGGGCUUCACUUUCGGCUGUACGUGCAGAUCUCAUUAACGCAAAUGGGGUUUGUCCGCAGAAAGUACGUCAGUGGCAGGGGCCGCCAGUGAGCCUAGUGGACAACGCUCCUUGCCUUCCAGAGGGUGUGGCUUGGCUGAGUAUCGGCUUUAUGAACAAGCGCUUUUAUCAACGCUUCGCCAUCAUCCAUAACCUGUCUUCCCCUUUCAUAUUAGGGAUGGAUUUUAUGAUGAGAGCCUCGAUAACCAUGCAUAUACCGACAAGGACAGUUUUUAUUGAUGACAGUACCUGUCCGGCCUUGGAUGAAAAUGAGGAAUACAACCUUGACCUGUUUCCUGUUGAACAGACUCUUAUGUCUCUGAACAUUUUAUCAGACACCAUGGAGUCAAAAGUGGCUGAGGCGAGCCUGGAGGAAACGCAAAAAUCAGAUCUGUAUGAUCUUCUUUCCCACCACAGCUCCGCUUUUGAUGGACACCUUGGACACACUACAUUGGCGGAACAUGUGAUCAAUACCGGAACUGACAAGCCCAUAAAUCUUCCCCCCUAUCGCUCAUCUCCAACCAAAAAGCGUUUGAUUGAGGAUCAAGUGCGACAAAUGCUGGAAGACAACAUAAUCGAACCCUCUACCAGUCCAUGGCCUGCUCCAGUGGUGAUUGUGAAUAGACCUGGUUCUGAUCCAAGAUUCUGUGUGGACUAUAG